GAAUACACAGACACGGUAUACACGGGAUGCGGCUGCGCCCUAUCACAGACGGACGGGCUGUUGGUUUGUUUUGACGUCUUUUAAAUCCAGUUAACAACUGCUUUUUUUACUGGGACGUUAAUAGGAAUUCGUGGUUUACCUGGUCUUGAUUCCCGUUUUGAGAAGAAAGAGUGCGGAUGGAACUUCUCUCAUCUUGACGUCAGCUCGGGAGUGGAAGUCAUCUGGAAUUACAUAUUCCGCCUCAGCGCUACUGUGGUACCUGGAAUCUAAGAUUAGAAGAGUUUUGUGGAGGAUAAUUUAUUUUAAAUGGAUUCUUUCUUCGUAAAGGGGGCCCUUGUCUGGCUGCGGGACAAAGAUCAGCUCCUUCCUGCUACUGUCAGCUCCUGUUACCACGACGACGGAUCCCUGGUCCUCACCACCAACUAUGAGAAGGUGAUAUACCUGCAGCAGGGGGAGCUGAGCAGAGACAAGGUGUUUCCUAUGCACCCCACCAGUAUUAAUGGAGUAGAGGACAUGUCUACUCUGGCAGAACUACAUGAGGCUGCCAUCAUGUAUAACCUUUACCUGCGCUACCAGAAGGACUGCAUCUAUACCAACAUAGGGUCAAUCCUGGCAGCGGUGAACCCCUACAAGCAGAUCCCAGGUCUGUAUGACCCAGCAGCAGUAGACCUGUAUAGUAGACACCACCUGGGAGAGCUGCCCCUCAUAUCUUCGCUGUGGGCCAACAGAAACCGCUGUCUCUGGAAAAGACACGACAGCCAACCUGUUCUCAUCAGUGGAGAGUCAGGAGCAGGGAAGACAGAGAGUACCAAGCUGCUGCUCCAGUUCCUGUCUGUGAUGUCACAGAAGUCUGCCGGGACAGCCCCCUCUGAGAGGAGCACCCGCGUGGAACAGGCCAUCGUUCAGAGCAGCCCCAUCAUGGAGGCGUUUGGGAAUGCCAAGACGGUGUACAACAACAACUCUUCCCGCUUUGGGAAGUUUAUCCAGCUCCACUUCUCCCAGAGUGGGAACAUCCAGGGAGGCUGUAUCAUCGACUAUUUACUUGAAAAGAACCGUGUGGUGAGGCAGAACCCUGGAGAGAGGAACUAUCAUAUCUUCUAUGCUCUGCUGGCCGGGGCAGACAAGAACCACAGAGAGUUGUACUUCCUGUCUGAGGGCCCAGAGUCAUACCACUACCUGAGUCAGUCUGGCUGUGUGAAGGACAGGAGUCUAGAUGACCUGCAGCUCUAUGACAGUGUUAUGGAGGCUCUAAAGGUGAUGCAGUUCAGUGAGGAGGAGAUACGUGACGUCUUUAAGCUGCUGUCUGCUGUUCUCCUGAUGGGGAACAUAGAGUUCAUGACCGCAGGAGGAGCACAGAUCACCUCUAAAGGAGUGGUCAGUAAUGUCAGUGAUCUGCUGGGCCUGGACUCGUUCCAGCUGUCUGAGGUUCUGACCCAGAGGUCCAUGAUCCUGAGAGGAGAGGAGAUCUGUUCACCCCUUACUGUUGAACAGGCGGUGGACUCUCGGGACUCGGUUGCCAUGGCGUUGUACGCCCAGUCUUUCUCCUGGAUCAUCACACGGAUCAACCAGAAGGUCAGAGGGAAGGACAACUUCAAGUCCAUCGGCAUCCUCGACAUUUUCGGCUUCGAGAACUUUGAGGUGAACAGGUUUGAACAGUUCAACAUCAACUACGCCAACGAGAAGCUCCAGGAAUACUUCAACAAACACAUCUUCUCCCUGGAACAGCUGGAGUACAACAGAGAGGGGAUGCAGUGGGAAGCUAUAGACUGGAAGGAGAAUGCAGAGUGUCUGGACCUCAUAGAGAAGAAACUGGGCAUGUUGGCUCUGAUCAACGAGGAGAGUCGCUUCCCUAAAGGCACCGACUACACCCUGCUAGAGAAACUACACAGUAGACACGCUACCAACCAGUACUACAUGAAGCCCAGAGUGACUGAUCACCAGUUUGGCAUCAAGCAUUAUGCUGGAGAGGUUCUGUAUGACGUCAGAGGGAUCCUGCAGAAGAACAGAGACACCUUCAGAGAUGACAUCUUAAACAUGCUUAAAGACAGCAGGCUUGACUUCAUCUAUGACCUGUUUGAGCGUGUCGGGAGCAGGAACGGAGAGGAGACCCUGAAGAUGGGGACGGCCAGACGCAAACCCACCGUCAGCUCUCAGUUCAGGGACUCUCUCCAUUCCUUGAUGAACACUCUGAGUGCCUCCAACCCUUUCUUUGUGCGCUGCAUCAAACCCAACAUGAACAAGAACGCCAACAUGUUUGACCCAGAAGUGGUCCUGAACCAGCUGAGGUAUUCUGGGAUGUUGGAGACCGUGAAGAUCCGCAGGGCUGGGUUCCCUGUCCGCAGGACCUUCACAGACUUCUACAGCAGGUACAUGAUGAAAGACAACCUUCCGCCAGAUGACCCGAGAGGGAGGUGUACAGAGCUGCUGAUGUCAUACGACCCUGCCAAGAGAGACUGGCAGCUGGGGAAGACUAAGGUGUUCCUGAAGGAAGAGCUGGAACACCGGCUGGAGAAGGAGAGGGAAGAGGUGCGGAGACAGGCGGGCAUGGUGAUCCGGGCGCACAUACUCAGCUAUGUGGCAAGGAAGCACUAUAGGAGGGUCCUGACCAGCACCAUCACCAUCCAGAAGAACUACAGGGCUCACUUCUGGAGACGCGUGUUCCUGCGGCUCCGUGCUGCAGCUGUCCUUCUCCAGAAACACCAACGUGGUCGGCUGGCCCGAGGCCUCUAUCGACAGCUCUCUGAGGAGAAAAGGAGGAGGGAGGAGGAGGAGAGAAGGCAGAGGGAGGAGGAGGAGAGGAAGAGUAGGGAGGAGGAGAGCAGGAGGCAGGAAGAGGAGACGAGACGAGAGCAGGAGGAACGGAGGAGGAGGGAGGAAGAGGAGGAGGAGCGGAGGAGGAGAGAGGAAGAGGAGCGGAGAAGGAGAGAGGAAGAGGAGGAGAGACAAAGGGUGUUAGAGCUGGAGCAGUUGAGGAAGAAUGAGGAGAGACUGAGACUACAACAGGAGCAUGAAGCACUGAGUAGAAAAGAGGAGGAGCUUAGCAACGGACAGGAAGAGAAGAAAAACACUACAGCUAACAACAGCCAACCAACCAACAUACACUGGAACUCCCUGAGGAUGGAGUAUCUUGCUCCCCAUGAGGAGGUGUACCACAAGGAGGUGUCCCUGUCCCACUCCCUGCACCCUCACACCUCUGAGGAGGAGUCCCGUCAGAUGGAGGAGAUCCUUCGACUGGAGAAGGAGAUUGAGAGACUGCAGCGCCAGAAGGAGGACGGGGUGUCCAUGUUAGGGGACGGCCUUGGAGGGAACGGGGAGGAGCUCCGGCAGAGGAGGGACGCAGAGAUCUACCGGCUGGAGAAGGAGGCGUCUCGCGUGGCUACAGAGUUCCUGGAGCUCCUGGACUUUGGGGGUCUGGAACAGAGUCUGUCCAGCGAGGAGAAUCUCCACGACCCCUCAGAGAGCGCCGCUCCCCUGGCCCGGGCCGAGGAAGAGGUGGAUGAGGUGGAUGAGGGCUUCCAUGCUAAGGAGGAGUGUCCCGGUAGUGGUAUCCCCCUUCCUGACUUCCCUCUCCCUGCGGAGAUCCCUCUGGACCAGGAGCUCUUCUCUUCCCUCCCUCCUCCUCCUCCGGCCUUCGCUGAGGGACUAGUAGCACAGGCCCUGGCCCUCUCACAGGCCCCGUGUUGCCCCCCUGUUUACUACCCCCUCACCUCCUAUGGAUCUAGUGUCCCUACACACCACCCUGCUCCACCUCCUCUCCCUGCCCUCACCACCGGAGGAGGUAAAGCUUUGUGCCACCAACCCACCAGGAGAACAGAGGUGGCUCCAGACAUCAACAGAGUACCCAGAAGAUUCGAGGUUAUACCCAACAGACCCUGCGCCAGGGUAGACGUUAUGCCCACCACAGUCCCUGAGGCUGUGCCAGUGAGAAGAGGAGACGUGGCUCCCUCUAGGGUAGACUUUAUGCCCACUGGGCCUGUCCCAGGAGCCAGGGAGGAGAUCUCCUUUAGCAUCCUACCAGACACAGAGUCAGACUGUGACCAGGAGGAGUUUGAGGAGGUGCAGGGGAGUACAGGCUCGGGAGACGGAGCCAGUAUCACGGACGGACAUGCUACUGAUGAGGAGGUGCUGAGGAAAUCAUCCUGUACUCAGAACAGCCUGGACUCCUUCAGAGGCAGCUCAGACUCUUUUAUCGACAGUGACACAAGCACCGAUGGUUAUGUGGACACAGACGAGGAGGUCUCCAAUGGAAGGGUCAAUAUACUGAACGGCUCUGGGCCUCCAUACUUUCACAGCUACCUCUACAUGAAGGGUGGACUGAUGAUCCCGUGGCGACGGAGGUGGUGUGUAUUGAAGGACGAAACCUUCAUGUGGUUCAGGGCUAAGCAGGACAGUCUGAAGAGUGGCUGGCUGUAUAAGAAGGGAGGUGGCAUGUCCACUCUGUCCAGACGGAACUGGAAGCUGCGCUGGUUCGUACUGAGAGACGAUAAACUCAUGUACUUUGAGAGCGACAGCGAGGAGAAACUGAGGGGGACCAUCGACAUCCGCUCCGCCAAGGACAUAGUAGAUAACCAUGCUAAGGAGAAUUCUCUGAACAUUGUGACUGAAGAGAGAACCUACCACAUCUACGCAGAGACUCCUGAAGAUGCCAGUGGCUGGUUCAACGUGCUGAGUCGUGUCCAGAGUGCCAGUCCAGACCAGCUGAUGGAGAUACAUCAUGAGCAGGCCAACCCCAAGAACGCUGUGGGAACUGUGGAUGUUGGACUGAUCGACUCUGUGUGCGCGUCAGACAACCCUGACAGACCCAACUCGUUUGUCAUCAUCACUGCUAACCGUGUGAUCCACUGCAACACUGAGAUGCCUGAAGAGAUGCACCACUGGAUCGGCCUGCUGCAGAAGCCUAAAGGAGACGCCAGGAUAGACGGACAGGACUUCCUGGUCAGAGGUUGGCUUCACAAGGAGAUAAGGGCUAAGAGCACUAGUCUGAAGCUGAAGAAGAGAUGGUUUGUAUUGACCUCUAACUCUCUGGACUACUACAAGUCUUCAGAGCGCAGUGUGUCCAAGCUGGGGACCCUGGUCCUCAACAGUCUCUGCUCUGUGGUCCAGCCCGACGAGAAGGUCUUCAAGGACACCGGUUACUGGUGCAUUAUCGUCCACGGCCGUAAACACUCGUACCACCUCUACACCAAACUACUGAACGAGGCUAUGCGCUGGGCGUCGGCCAUACAGGGGGCUGUCGACAGCAAGGUUCCCAUAGAGACACCCACACAGCAACUCAUCAGGGACAUCAAGGAGAGCAGUAUGAACGUGGAGGCUGUAGAACAGACGUACUGGAGGAACCCUAUCCUCAGAUAUACCCAGCACCCCCUCCACUCCCCCCUGCUGCCCCUGCCUUACGGGGAGGUCAACAUCCACCUCCAAAAGGAGAAGGGCUAUGCCAGCCUGCAGGAUGAGGCAGUGAAGAUCUUCAACUCUCUACAGGAGAUGGAGGCUGUGUCUGAUCCGGUCCCGAUCAUCCAGGGCAUCCUCCAGACCUGCCACGACCUGCGGCUGCUCCGAGACGAGGUCUACUGUCAGCUCAUCAAGCAGACCAAUCAUGUGCCACAGCCCAACAGCUCGGCCAAUCGUGCCCACUGGCACCUCCUCACCUGUAUGAGCUGUACCUUCCUGCCCAGCCGGGGCAUCCUGCGUUACCUCAAGUUCCACCUCAAAAGGGUGAAGGAGCAGUUUCCUGGAACAGAGGUGGACAUGUUUGCCCAUUUCAUAGGUGAGUCUCUGAAGAGGACCAAGGUCAGGGACUUUGUACCGUCUCAGGAGGAGAUCGUAGCCUUACUGACCAGGCAGGAAAUGACUACUACGGUCUACUGCCACGGAGGAGGGUCCUGCAAGAUCUCCAUCAACUCACACACCACCGCUGGAGAGGUGGUGGAGAAGUUGAUCCGAGGCCUGGCCAUGGAGGACAGUAGAAACAUGUUUUCCCUGUUUCAACACAACAACACUACGGACCGAGCUGUGGAGAGUAGAGUCAUCGUGGCUGACGUACUCGCCAAGUUUGAGAGGCUGUCAGGCAGUGAGGAAGUAGAGGAGGAGGGACAGUGGAAGCUCUACUUCAAACUCUACUGUUUCCUGGAUGUCGAGAGCAUGCCCAAGGAAGGGGUGGAGUUCGCUUUCAUGUUCGAACAGGCUCAUGAGUCUCUGACCAGUGGUCACCUCCCGGCCCCAGAAGACACCCUGCAGCACCUGGCCGCUCUCAGGCUCCAGUUCCUCCACGGAGACAAGGCCCGGGUCAGCUGGUCUCUGGACACCGUCUACCCUGUAGGCAGGCUCCGCGCACGCAUCCUGCACUUCACCAAGGUGGGCGCGGCCGGCGGGACGGGGCCAGGGGGCCACACCCUGGAGCGGAGGCGGACCAGCUUCCUGGACGGGACCCUGCGCCGCAGCGGGCUGAAGACGGGCUCCAUGAAGAAACAGAAGAUGGAGGAGGAACAGAUGCUAGAGAUGUGGGUGAAGGAGGAGACGUCAGCCACCAGAACCUCCAUCUUAGAGAAAUGGUCCCGUCUCCAGGGAUUGGACCAGCACACAGCCAUGCUCAAAUACAUGAACAUCAUCAAGGAGUGGCCUGGAUAUGGGUCCACACUGUUCGACGUGGAGUGUAAAGAAGGAGGCUUUCCUCAUGACCUGUGGCUGAGUGUGAGUGCAGAGAACGUGUCGGUCUACAAGAGAGGAGAACCCAAACCUCUGGAGACGUUCCCCUACGAACACAUCAUCUUCUUCGGAUCUCCCCAGGCCACGACUUAUAAAAUCACAGUGGACGACAGAGAGAUGUUCUUUGAGACACCUCUGGUUGGAGAGAUCACCAAGAUCAUGAAAGCCUACAUCAACAUGAUAGUGAAGAAGAGAUGCAGUGUCAGAUCUGUGUCCAGCUACGGAACCAACUGGAUCAGGUGAUUAGGGACAGGACAGGACACAGCCCAGCUUGCUUCCCACCGCCCCAGGCUAACAGGACAGGACACAGCCCAGCUUGCUUCCCACCGCCCCAGGCUAACAGGACAGGACACAGACCAGUUGACCUCCCACCGCCCCAGGCUAACAGGACAGGACACAGACCAGUUGAC